AUGGCCGUACUCGCAGCGUCGGUGCGACUGAGCCACAGGGAGGCCUUGCUGGACAAUCAGCUGGAGGAGCUGUUUGCGCAGCGUCCGCACCGGGCUCGAGCGGCUGAGGCUCUGCGGCGAAGCCUGGCAGACCUGCCCUCGAACUCCUCAGCUGGACCGCCGAUCACAGCCUUGAUGACGCGGACGAGCCUGAAGAAGGACGAGGAGAAGCUUGGGAACCAGCUGUGGUCCGACCUGGCACCCAGCUCCGGUUUUCUGAGGCCCUUCUCCGACCCGAACUCAACCUUUACGCCGGUGCUCCGAGCCUGGCAUGGAUUCAAGGCCAAGGGAACGGAGCUGUUCGUCUUAGCUUCGAUAUUCAUCACCGGAGCUGGACUCAGCGAGUUCUUCCCCCUUCUGAACGUCGUCCAGGGCUUCCCUUGGCCGAGCUGGUUUGGUUGGUUCUUCGACCUUCUCUGGUGGCUUUUCCGAAUCGAUGUCAACGGACCCAAGUGGAAGCCACCAGUGAAGGGGGAGAAGAUGGGAGCUGUGUCCUUUCAUAAGUUGGCCGAUGAACGUUGGGAUGUGAAACUUCCCAGCUUCUUCCAAGACUAUGUAACUGGCGAGCGCGUCCCCUCCUGGGAGGACCACUUCCGUCACGCCACGGGUAUCAAGAUCAUUGAUUUCCUGGUCAGCUCCAUGCGGGCCUUCGGCUUCGAGCCGAUCGAGAUGCUCCGUGCCACGGAGCCCCGCUUCGCCUUCGACUCGGAGGGCCUCACGGAACUCGCUUGGCGCGGCUUUCGCCAGUUCGGCCCGACGGACAUCAAGUUCGCGUCGAAUGGCGUUUGGGGCAUCAAGCUGGUGGAGGAUCUCAUGGAGAAGUACGGCACCAAGGGUGAGGUUUUAGGUCCCUUGAUGACCGACUCGGCCUUCUCAGCUCACCUCACGUACGACGGAGAACUCUAUCACAUCGACAUGUCGGCCCUGGAGCCCUACGAGCCCAUCCCCGGCUACGCGCGGCUGGGUGGCCGUGCCGCCUUCCGGGCCGAGAAGGGACGGCUGAAAACCGUCUUCAUGUCCUACAACGGCAGCAACUACACGGACUUCGAGGAUCCUCAGUCGGAUGAGAUGUACUCGAAGUCGAUUCGCUACGGCUGGCGGAUGGCGGAGGCUUCCAUCAUUGCUUCCCUGCUGUCGAUGACGAACCUGAUCCUCCAUGUGAAGGAUCUCCAUCUCGAGCUUUCAGCCAGCUUCCAGGUGAUAACCGUCGAUGCCUUCGCCAAGAAUCCGACGCACCCGAUUCGCCGGAUGCUUGAUCCUUUCAUCAGCCGCAGCGUGCAAGCCACCAACGACAACUUCAAGCUUCUUUUUGAGUACAAAGCAGCUGAUUUCAGCUUGGCACCGCUGCCAACCUCGGAGCAGCUGAAACCCGUCCUCUGA